UGUCACGCUGUUUAUAAACACUGAGAGAUUCAAUACAUCUCAGAUCAUAACUGAAGACUGAUUACAGAUUCACAAUGAAGUUCGUCAGGUUUAUCAUGAAGAAUGCGGCUCUGGCCAGCGUUCCUAAUCACAUCGAGCACUUCUCCAAAUUCUCUCCGUCUCCUCUAUCCAUGAAGCAAUUUCUGGAUUUCGGUUCCACCAAUGCGUGUGAGAAAACUUCCUUUGUCUUCUUGAGGCAAGAGCUGCCUGUGCGUCUGUCCAACAUCAUGAAGGAGAUCAACUUACUCCCCGACAGAUUACUAACCACUCCAUCUGUUCAGAUGGUUCAUAGCUGGUAUGUUCAGAGUUUGAUAGAGAUCCUUGAGUUUCUGGAGAAAAGUCCUGAAGAUCACAGAGUUCUAGAAAAGUUUGUAGAAGCACUGGUUAAUAUCAGGAACAGACACAAUGACGUUGUACCUACGAUGGCCCAGGGUGUGAUUGAGUACAAAGAAGUUUUCGGUCAGGACCCCCUUACUAAUCAGAACAUCCAGUACUUUUUAGAUCGUUUCUACAUGAGUAGAAUAUCCAUACGGAUGCUUAUCAACCAGCACACUCUAAUAUUUGAUGGCACCACAAAUCCUGUUCAUCCCAACACUAUCGGCUGUAUUGAUCCUCACUGCAAAGUGGCUGAUGUUGUAAAAGAUGCCUUCGAGAGUGCCAAGAUGCUCUGUGACCAGUAUUACCUCAGUUCCCCCGACUUGGUGCUGCAAGAGCUCAACAUCAACAUCAGCAAUGAGCCUAUCAGUAUUGUGUAUGUGCCUUCUCAUCUCUACCAUAUUCUGUUUGAGUUAUUUAAGAAUGCAAUGCGGGCAACCAUUGAGAACCAUAAUGAAAGCGCCAGUCUGCCACCUAUUGAAGUAAUGCUUGCUAUUGGCGGAGAGGACCUCACUAUCAAGAUGAGUGACAGAGGUGGGGGCGUGCCCUUUAGGAAGCUGGAGAAUCUUUACAGCUAUAUGUAUUCAACGGCUCCAACUCCUCAGCUUGGCCAGCAGCGAGCUCCUCUGGCUGGCUUCGGUUACGGGCUGCCAAUCUCUCGUCUCUAUGCAAAGUAUUUCCAGGGAGACCUCCAGCUCUACUCUAUGGAGGGCUAUGGCACUGAUGCAGUCAUUCAUCUUAAGGCUUUAUCCACCGACUCUGUGGAGAGGCUUCCAGUAUAUAACAAAACAGCCCUGCGCAACUACAAGAUGAGCCUGGAGGCAGACGACUGGUGCGUCCCCAGCAAAGAGCCGCUGGACCUGGCAGUGUUCCGGCUGGGCAAAUGAACGGUCAGAGUCUCCUGACUCCAGUAACAGCCAGUUUACGCACUGGUCUGCUCACAUUGGGACCAGAGAGAGCAAUACAGUGUCUGCCCGUAGCCAGACACUCACCGAGCGGCAGUAGAUCGUCUCUCAUAGAUUUAGUUUCUGCAUGCCAUGGCUUUGUUUCAAGAUCAUAAUGACACAUAAACAGUUUUUGAUUUAUGCCACAGCGUUAUCUGUAAAAUGAGCAUGCAUUAGUGAGAGUGCCAGCAAAGGAGGCCAGGUUAAGAAAUUUACGAGCCUCUUUAAUAGAAGGUGCUAUGCCAUAGUACAAGUGUGGGAAAGCUUGGGCUGCUAGAUAUGUUAGCGCGCAGACGGAGGGUGAAACGAUGCCCGUUUGGAUGGUGAAGUCUGUGUGUAACAUCUGAAAGGGGAAAAUUUCAAGGUGCAGACAGAAAGGCCCUAACAGACAAACCGCCUGGGUAAUAGACAAAAUAUACAAAGGCAGUCUAUGAACGUAUAUUAGAAGAACUUGAAUUCAUUACAACUGCUUGAUUCAGACUUGCAUUCAUGCAGACCCUGAUCUGCUAGUGGGUUCAAUUUGGUGAAAGCACAUGCAAACUUAAUAACAUCCACCAAAAUGUGCAAACUGCUUUACUAACCAAGAGUGCAGAAGAUUAGCAAAAUAACACAUUAGUGUCGGGGUGUAUUCAAGCAGCUUGAUUAAAGACGGGCGUGUGCAGAGGGAUGAGUUAGGAAAAGUGUGUGUGUGUGUGUGUAAACGGCAGGUACUAAUUUAAUACCGUUUGCACAGAUUUACAUGCAGCUUGAAAGAGACUAUAGGAAAAUAGAUUAUAGCUAAACAGUGUUUAAAAUAAUGAAGUAAUAAUACAUCGUUUAUCCUGCAACACAGUUUUGUUCCAAAGGUCUGAACAGGACUAGUCAUGCGGGACCAGACAUUUUCCUUGUGUGUCGCUUUUGCGAAAACAAAUUUCAGACUCGCACACCCACUUUUUUAACCCCUUAUCCAAUCAGAGUCGUGGGGGGGGGGUUGGGUGCUGGAGCCUAUCCCAGCUUUUUCAGUGGGCGCAAGGCACACAGUAACACCCUGGACGGGGCACCAGUCCAUCGCAGGGCAGACACACACACAUACACUCGCCCAUUUACCUAUAGGGCAUUUUUGGACUGUGGGAGGACACCGGAGCCUCCGGAGGAAACCCACGCAGACACGGGGAGAACAUGCAAACUCCACACAGAAAGGACCCGGACCGCCCCGCCCCGCCUGGGGAUCGAACCCAGGACCUUUUUGCUGUGAGGCGACAGUGCUACACACUGUGCCACCCUACUUGUAAAACUUUCAAACAAAAGUGUCUUUUGUAGGACUUCUAAGAAUGUCUUUACGCCCUGCAAUUAUUGCGUGCCAAACCAGUGUUUGAGCUCUGAACUUGACACGGUUGAGAAUGGAGAAUAAUUAGUACACAAAAAUGUAUGUAAUAAUUUUUUAUAUUAUUUUCUCCAGUUAUUUUUAGUACCUGUUAAUUGUAAUAUUAGGUAGGAAGUACAGUAUAUCUACAAAAACAUGCCAAAACUGGAUCUUAUUAGACUAAGAUGAAAGGAUGGAUGAAAAAAAUGUCCAAAAAAAACAAAUAGUUAUAUUUAAGUAUAGAGGAGGACCACAUACACAGACCAGAACUGAUAACCUCAGUAUUCAUGAAUCACAUGUGUGAUUUAAUAAGAAGGUAUUACAUUUUUCUCAUGCUUGUGCCUAAUUCUCAUGAGUUAAUGUUUUUAAUUAUUGUAUGUUAUAUUUAAACAUACUUUUGGCCAGUAAAAGAUUUCUUUUUAAACACUUAAGUGAUUGUGUGAAACAUUGAUUAUUAUCUUAAACCCUUAAGUGUGAUUUGUUGUGCAUUUUACAUCUGUUUAGAUUUUGUAUACAGGUUGAUUUUGUAUACACUUUUAAGUUGACUGAGAGUUCUAUUUUGUAAUAAAAUAUAAUUCCAUUGUAUCUGAGAAAUGAAAAUAUAAUGGAAAUAAACAUGACAUUUCAUUGCA